AUGAACCAAGACUCAGCUGAACUUGGCUCUCCUCGCAGUGCCAACAUCAGUCGGGAUGGUGCCAGUCCUGAGAAGGAUCAUUAUGACAAGUCCCACCUUGAGGUGGUGAAUCUAGAGAACAACAUUACAGCGAAAGUCCAGAACCCCCUUGCCCAUCUUACCCAGGCCGAAGUGAUUCAGGGUGUCAGCGAAUUUGCCCGUUGCUAUGAAGUCACUGACAUCCUUCCCGAGCUGACAAAGGGAGCUCUUGUUGCACGAGACCCUUCCUCGUUCGAACGCGUUCCCAAUAUCACGGAAACUGAGGUUGCUGCAAUUCGUGAUGAAGUGCUUCACAAGUGGCGCCAGCCCAAGGCCCUCUACUUCACCAUCAUCCUCUGCUCUAUUGGGGCUGCUGUCCAAGGUUGGGAUCAGACUGGCUCAAAUGGGGCCAACCUCUCAUUCCCUGAGGCUUUUGGCAUCCCGGGAGAUAAGAGUAUCAAGAACCAGUGGAUCAUCGGGCUUAUCAACGCGGCUCCAUACAUUGCCAGUGCCGUGUUGGGCUGUUGGCUGUCUGAUCCAAUCAACCGUAUCCUUGGUCGUCGUGGAACAAUCUUCAUUUCGGCUAUUUUCUGUGUUCUUACGCCCAUUGGAUCCGCCCUGAGUCAGAAUUGGCAUCAACUGUUUGUCAUUCGCCUGCUGCUUGGACUCGGGAUGGGCCUCAAAGCCUCCACGGUUCCAAUCUUUUGUGCUGAAAAUUGUCCUGCUGCUAUUCGAGGAGGUCUUGUGAUGUGCUGGCAAAUGUGGACGGCUUUUGGAAUCUUCCUUGGUUUCUGUGCUAACCUGGCUGUGAAAGAUACCGGUAGACUUUCGUGGCGGUUGCAGCUAGGGUCAGCCUUUAUUCCUGCCGUGCCUUUGGUCAUUGGUGUAUUCUUCUGUCCUGAAUCCCCCCGCUGGUACAUCAGACGGGGCGAGAUGGCCAAGGCUUAUAAGUCUCUCUGUCGACUCCGAAACACCCCACUGCAGGCUGCUCGAGAUCUUUACUCCAUCCAUACACAGGUUCAAAUUGAACGGGCCUUGAUUGGCGAAGGCAACUAUUUUACUCGAUUUUUGGAACUUUUCACCAUUCCUCGAGUUCGACGUGCGACCCUCGCCUCAUUUACUGUCAUGAUUGCUCAACAGAUGUGUGGAAUCAAUAUCAUUGCGUUCUACAGCUCAACUGUCUUUGUUAGUGCUGGCGCAAGUACCACAGCAGCUUUAUUCGCAUCAUGGGGCUUUGGCUUGGUAAACUUCCUUUUCGCCUUCCCAGCAGUCUGGACAAUUGAUACCUAUGGCCGACGUGCUCUACUUUUGUUUACAUUCCCAAACAUGGCUUGGACUUUGCUGGCGGCUGGCUUCUGUUUCUAUGUCCCGGGGAAUGGAGGUGGUCACCUUGGCAGUAUCGCACUUUUCGUCUUCAUGUUCGCUGCUUUCUACUCCCCUGGAGAAGGCCCAGUGCCAUUCACGUACUCCGCUGAAGUGUUCCCGCUGUCGCAUCGUGAGGUCGGUAUGUCCUGGGCUGUUGCAGUCUGUCUCGGCUGGGCAGCUGUACUCUCCAUUACCUUUCCCCGCAUGCUCUGGGCUAUGUCGGCGACUGGAGCUUUCGGCUUUUAUGCUGGACUGAACAUCACUGCAUUGAUCAUGAUUUUCCUCUGGGUUCCAGAGACCAAGCAACGAACCCUUGAAGAGCUGGACUACAUUUUUGCAGUUCCAACUCGUGUUCAUAUGCAUUAUCAAGUUUUCAAGGCUCUACCCUGGUGGAUCCAGCGUUACAUCUUCCGCCGGGAUGUACACCUGGAGCCUUUGUACACCUUCGACAUCUUGGCUCUGGCUGGAAGCGAGAAUGAUGUACUCGAUGUGGAGACCAAGGCUGUUGUUUAG